AUGGCGUCCAAUGUUCAUUUUCUUAUGAUACCUUUAAUGUGCCCAGGUCACCUCAUUCCAAUGAUGAACAUGGCAAAACUCAUAGCAAAACACUCUGCCACCGUCACCAUCGUCAUCACACCUCGCAACGCCGCCAGGUUCGGGGGAUUCCUCCACCGUGCCGUGGCGUCCGGCCUCUCAAUCCGAAUCCUCCAACUCCAAUUCCCAGCCACAGGAUACGGAUUACCAGAAGGAUGCGAAAACUUAGACGAUCUACCCACACUCAAGUUGACCAAGAACUUCUUCGAUGCAAGUGCAAAGCUUCAAGAACCACUUGAAGAGGUGUUUGAAGAGCUUAACCCGAGGCCAAGUUGUAUCAUUUCCGACAAGAGUUUAUCAUGGACAGCAGAUGUUGCAAGAAAGUUUGAGAUUCCAUGGGUUAUAUUUGAUGGAAUGAGUUGUUUCACUCGGUUAGCUACACAUAAUCUGUUAGAUUCCAAGAUUCAUGAACAGGUGGGCGAUUUCGACCCGUUUUUGUUGCCGGGUUUACCGGAUAAGAUAACCAUGACUAGAUCCCAGCUUCCGGGGAUGUUUAAUCCUGGAAAGGGUGCACAUGAAAAGGGCAUAAAUAUUAUACGUGAGAAGAUUAGAUCAGCCGAAUUAGGAGCAUACGGGAUAGUUAUAAACAGUUUUGAAGAGAUGGAAAAAAGAUACGUCGAUGAAUAUCGAAAAGUGAAGGGAAAAGUUUGGUGUAUUGGACCAUUUUCACAAGCGAACAAGAAUGAUAUAGAUAAAGUUUCAAUGGUGAAUAACCAUGAGUGCAUCACUUGGCUCGAUUGUCAGAAACCAGGGAGUGUAGUGUACGCGUGUUUUGGGAGCCUAACACGACUCACACCUCCACAGUUUAUAGAACUGGCUCUAGGGUUAGAGAAGUCAAAGUUCCCGUUUAUAUUAGUGGAGAAAGGAGGAAGUAGAACAGAAGAGAUAGAGAAAUGGUUGCUGGAAGACGGGUUUGAAGAGAGAGUGAAAGGAAGAGGUGUUUUGAUCCAUGGGUGGGCCCCUCAAGUUCUCAUACUAUCGCAUCCUUCAUUAGGAGCAUUCUUGACUCAUUGUGGUUGGAAUUCGACUAUCGAAGGGAUUUGUGUGGGUGUUCCGAUGAUCACAUGGCCUCAAUUUUCUGAGCAGUUUUUUAAUGAGAGGUUGGCUGUGGAAGUAGUGAGAACUGGUGUGGGUGUUGGGGCUAAAUCAGUGAGGUAUUUAGGGGAAGAAGAUGCAGCUGGGAUACAAGUGAAACGGGAGGACGUGUGUAAAGCUGUGAAGGUGGUGAUGGAUGAAGGUAUUGAAGGAAAAGAGCGAAGAGAAAAGGCUCAAUAUUUUAGGGAGAUGGCUGAAAAAGCAUUAGAAGAGGGAGGAACAUCUUGGCUAAAUUUGAAACUCUUCAUUGAAGAUAUCAUGCUACACACGAAUAAGGACAUGGCAGGCUAA